UUGUCCAUUCAGUCUUUUAGAUAAGCCUUAAUUUUAUAGAAUCUGUCUUGACUGGAAAAGUACUUAUUAAAAUGGUACGAAAAUAAAGUUUAAAAAUUUUACAGAAGGAGUUUAAGUUUAACUCAAAUCCAAUUUUAUCGGGAUAAAACAUUUCCAGCCGAAAAUCUUGCACCAGACGCGCUUAUUACUCAGCAUCCCCUACUCGCGCAUUUAUCAUAUCACGAUCUUACGCGCGACGUAUCUAUUACGAUCUCAUACUCAUCUCGGAAUGAGUGGGUAGGGACCAUGCAGCAGGCGUAUGUGUGUGGGGAUACGGACGGCGGCGCGCGAGACAAUAUAUACCUGGGCGAGGGCCCGGUGUUGCCGAACACCUGCUUCACACCGGGUCCGAGCGGACCUUUGUCCAAGGGCCGAUAUAAAACUCGUACACCGUUUCGGCCGCGCCAGUAGGCUUUAGAGAGGCGGUCAAGCACACUGUGACAUUCGCCGGUCUGCACGUGACUCAAGACUCUGGCUGAACAGUCUCGUUGGGAUAAAUCGGAUGAAUCGCACAUCGUUAAAUCACGAUAAAUCCGUUUAUCAAUUGUGUUCAAGUGUCGUGAAAAAUUCUCAUUGAGGAAAUUCGAAGUUGAGAUCUCGACUGAGAAUUUCCAAGAAUUAAAAAAAAUGCGACGGUUUAUAUAAUAUUAAAUUUGGAAAUAAAAAAAGGGUCUGUUAAUUAUCGAGUAGAGUCCAAGGAUUCGUACGUGUAAAAACGAUAAAAUAGUACGCACACGCAAUACUCGAAGAUUUAUAAAAUAAAAAAUAUAUUUCCCUGUGAAAAGGGAAAUAUAUGCAUUGAAAAUUAAAAAGUCCGACGAUCUUAACUAAAGACACUCGACGUAUCAAGAGAUACUCGACGGAAAUGGGGAGGCUACUGUUGUUAUUAUCAGCGAUUAUCGCCACGAGUACGUUGAUUGCCGGCACGCGCACGGACGAAGAUCUCAAUAGUACAAUUAAGUUACUGCAGGAGCAAGUGAGCGCACUAUUGGAUCAUCGACAAGAGGACUAUAAUGCCUUGGAGGAGAGUUUAAAACAAGCAAUGGAGAAGAACACAGAACUCAUUGUCCUUAGGAACGAAGUUAAGCAAUUGAGGAAGGAAGUGAACGCUCUUCGCGGCGGAAGCGGCAACGAGGCGAAGAACGAGCGAUUGAGGGUGAGAUGGCUAGGCAGCGCCGUGACGGAGCUACAAAGCGAGGUCGCCGAGGUGCUCAGGACGCGGAACGCCAGUGAGGAGCUCGCCGAGCGCUCGAGGAUGAGGAGCGAGCUUACCCUGUUGAGGGGCGACGUCGCCGAGGUUGGUAGGAGCAUACGCGAUCUCGGCGGGAGGAUCACCAAGAUCGAGGCCACUCUCGGUACCAUCAGGCUCGACAUCGCCGCGACCAAGGAACGCGCCAGCCUCCUGUCCCGCUCCUGCGCGGAUGUCAGCAGUCAGUUAAGUACGGUGCAGAUCGAGCUGAAAUCCCUGAAAUGCGAGUCCACGCUUCCUGGUCAGCGGCAGGAUUCGCAGAAGAUGGAACAUCACAAUAAGGUUGACAUCUUUCGCAAUGAAGUGAGCGGACCGCAUGAAAUUGCUCGAAGACACAGUUAUUCCCGCGCCCUGGCUCAUCGUGCGCGUUUCGAGGAACGUCUACGUAACGUCGAGCGGAAGAUCUCUGUGGUAGCGCGAAAGCGAGCAAUGGUGGAGAAGCGAGUGGUAUAUGAGGACCGUGAGCAGCUCGAGGAACGGAUGAGAAAUCUCGAGCUGGCGCAAAUGGAUCUCUCGAAGAGAGUGUCUAAUGCAACCCAGGAUUUGAUGUCGAUGAACGAGCUGGACGAGUCGGUAGUGCGACUGUACGAUUCGGUUCGUCUGCUCGAGGAAGCCGUUUACACUAAUCGUUCUGAGGUGAAGCGAGAAUUGGCGAGACUGGAAAUAAAUGCGGCGCGAAAGGCGGCCGAGCUAUCGCUGACGAGGGAAGAGCUCGGCAAUCUUCGACGAGCGGUUCAGGCGUUGAGCGUAAGUGCGUCGCAACUGCAGGAGAAGAGCGAUAUACAACGGAAGAGUCUGGAGACCUUGAACGAGACUCUCAGUCGACUGGACCUUUCUCGGAAUUUGGCCAAGGCGGUAAACGUUACGCACGAACUAGAACAAGUGGAGGAUCAGUACCGUCUUAUGGUAGAUUCCCUUCCGGGAAAUUGCGAGGAGCGCGAUGGCUUAACUUUACUAGCACGUGGUCCUGGUGCACCACUGCUGGCCUCCUGCCGUGCCGGUUGGAUCGUCGUGGCUCGCAGAAUUGAUGGCGUGGUCGAUUUUGAUCGUACCUGGAACGAGUACUCGGUUGGCUUUGGUUCGCCCGUCAGCGAGUUCUGGAUUGGUAACGAGGCACUGCAUCGACUCACUCGCGACAAUUGUAGCAGGCUACGAGUUGAUCUGACUGACACCUACGGUGUUUACUGGCGCGCCGAGUACGAACACUUUACAAUUGACUCCGAGGAGACUGGUUAUCGACUCCAUGUAUCGGGUUAUUCGGGUAACGCGACCGACGCAUUGUCUUACCAAGAUGGUAUGGCGUUCAGCGCCAAAGAUCGCGACAUGGACAUCAGCACGACUGACUGUGCAGCCAACUAUCGAGGUGGAUGGUGGUUCAGUCACUGCCAACAUGCCAAUCUCAAUGGUAGAUAUUCCUUGGGCUUGACGUGGUUCCAAUCGACGACCAAUGAAUGGAUGGCAGUCACGUCUUCCGAGAUGUCGGUGCAACGGAAGCAAGACUGUUGAUGAUCCUGCAGCUAUUUGUGUUGGGUUAACGGAAUGACGGUGAAAUCAAAGAAAAUGUUGGAACUCCGUUCUAUGUAAUUUGAUUCGUGCACCUCGUACGUAAUCGCAGUUCACAAGAACUUGAUUGUAAUACCAAAGAAUUAAGUGUAAUUGAAAAAACUUUAAUGUAAAUAUAUUAUAUAGUUAUGUAUAAAUGAAGUAAACGCUGUAAAGAACAUGUGAAGAACAUAUAUUACUUAUUAUAUUUGUAUAGUAAUAAAAAGUCAUUAGAAGUCAC